AUGGCGAGCCCGACGCCACAAAAUAGCCCAAUGCCUCCGCCGCAAGCACCAAGCCCAAUGGGACCACCCUCCCAGAGCCCGGCGCCCUCUCCUUCACCACACAGUCCAUACCAAUCCGGGCCGCCCCCACCCCCGCCCCAUACGGUGCAGGGUCAGGGACCGACCCACAUGCAGACCGCGUCAGGACAUCACGUCCCCCCGCAACCAGGACCCCCGCCAGGUCCACACAUGCCCAUGCAAGGGCCACCAACGCCCCACGCACAGCCUCCCAAUCCGCACGGGCCACCACCACCGCCCCAUCCAUCACACAUGAAUGGACCGCCACCGGGUGGGCCACAAGGAGCGCCAGGUCACGGCCAAGGUGGCCCUCCUCAUCAUAUGCCCCCAGCCGGAGCGCCCCAGCAUAUGCCUCAGCAUCCCCCUCAUCCUUCGAUGGGACAACACGGUGUUCCGCCACACCCGGGAAUGGCUGGUCACCCGGGACAGGGUCCACCGAUGCCGCCGGGCAUGGUACCGGGUGGAUACGCGGGACACGCAAUUCCACCGAAUGCGGGCCCACCGCCGCCGGUACCGAUGCAGUCAGGCAGUGUUCCGGGUGGUCCACCGGGGGCGCCGCCAAACAUGAUGCCAGGUGCCGUUCCACCCCCACCGCCGCCUCCUGGACAGGAGAAUUUAAACGCCUUACAGCGAGCCAUCGAUUCAAUGGAAGAGAAAGGACUGCAAGAGGAUCCGCGCUACUCGCAGCUGCUAGCGCUGCGGGCCAAUUCGAAGCAACAGCAUCUAAAUGCCUCACAGUUACACCAGCUACGGGGACAAAUUAUGGCUUAUCGGCUAAUCGUGCGCCACCAGCCGAUCAGCAAACAGUUAGCAUCGCAGAUCUUGGCUCAACGGUCCGACGGUACACCACCGCAGUGUCCCACGCCUCCGGCCAGCCCCUAUCCGGGAGCCGCCGGGGGUCCUUCGCCGCAACCUGGCAUGCCUUCUCAGACCGCUUCGCAGCAGCAGCCUCCACAGCAGCAGCCCCAAGGCCCCCAGCAGCAACAAGGACUUCCGCAGCAAUCGCAACAAGGUCCUCCGCAAUCGGGAGUUCCACCGACGUCCAUGCAGCCAGGUGUUCCGCCAGGAAAGCAACAGCCCGAUGUCCACGGCCCAGGAAAGCCACCGGUAGGCAGUGGAGGUAUGCCGCCUAACCAAAGUCCGAUGCCGGGCAUGGCCAUGGGUGGGCCGCCUCAGGGACCCCCUCACGGGCCUCACCAUCAGCCACAGUCGCAACAGCAGCAUCCGGGAAUGCAACAGCAUCUGCACGCAGGGCAGCAGCAACAACAGAUGCACCCGAACGUCGGGCAACCGGCACGGCCGAGCUCGCAGGGCCCGGCUGGUGGUCCCGGUCCCCGGCCUGCGGCUCCCGCUCCGACGAUGCAACCGAUGCCGAAACAGAACCGUGUAACGACGGUGGCCAAACCCGUUGGGCUUGAUCCCAUCACAAUACUACAGGAGCGCGAGAACCGUGUUGCGGCCCGUAUUGCACUGCGCAUGGAAGAGCUGACCAACUUGCCCGUUUCAAUGGCGGAAGAUUUGCGGCUGCAGGCGGCAAUCGAGCUGCGCGCCUUGCGCGUUCUGAACUUCCAACGCCAGCUGCGCAGCGAGAUCGUGCAGUGCACCCGUCGCGAUACGACACUCGAGACGGCGGUCAACGUGAAGGCUUACAAGCGCACUAAACGGCAAGGUUUGCGGGAGGCGCGCGCCACCGAGAAGCUGGAGAAACAGCAAAAACUUGAAGCGGAGCGCAAACGUCGCCAGAAGCAUCAAGAAUUCCUGGCGUCAGUCCUGCAGCACGGCAAGGACUUCAAGGAGUACCAUCGCAAUAACGUCGCGAAACUGGGUCGUCUCAACAAGGCGGUGAUGAACUAUCACGCGAAUGCAGAACGGGAGCAGAAAAAAGAGCAGGAGCGCAUCGAGAAGGAGCGUAUGCGGCGGCUGAUGGCGGAGGACGAAGAGGGCUACCGGAAGCUGAUCGAUCAGAAGAAGGACAAGCGGUUAGCGUUCCUGCUGUCGCAAACCGACGAGUAUAUCUGCAACCUCACCGAGAUGGUGAAGCAGCACAAGGUGGACCAGAAGAAGAAACAGGAUGACGAGGUGCAGCGCAAGAAGCGUCUCAAGCGCCACAUCCUCGAGAGCGGCGACAUCGAGCACCUGGACGAGCACUGUGAGGCGUCCGACUGUCGGGUGGCGGUGAUGGAAACUUCCACGGGAAAGACGCUCACGGGCGACGAAGCACCGUUCCUGCGUGACCUUCACACUUGGCUGCAGAUGCACCCGGGCUGGGAGUACGUGAUCCUCGACGGUGACGCAGAAGAUGACGACGACGAUGCCGAGGGUGGCCGCAAACGGACGGCAGAAGAGCGGCUGAAUGACGAAGCCAAGACAAAGGAAGUGAUCCAGAAGGCAAAGGUCGAGGACGACGAGUACAAAACGGAGGAGCAAACGUACUACAGUAUUGCCCACACGGUGCACGAAAAGGUCACGGAGCAAGCAUCGAUCCUUGUGAACGGCAAGCUGAAAGAGUACCAAAUUAAGGGGCUCGAGUGGCUGGUAUCGCUGUUCAACAACAACCUGAACGGCAUCCUGGCCGACGAGAUGGGCCUGGGCAAGACGAUCCAAACGAUUGCCCUCGUGACGUAUUUGAUGGAGAAGAAGAAAAACAAUGGCCCGUACCUGGUGAUCGUGCCACUGUCUACGCUCUCGAACUGGGUGCUGGAGUUUGAAAAGUGGGCUCCCGCCGUCGGCGUCGUUGCGUACAAGGGUUCCCCCGCGGGACGGCGUGCGGUGCAGAACCAAAUGAAGGCAACCAAGUUCAACGUGCUGUUGACGACGUACGAGUACGUCAUCAAGGACAAGGCGGUGCUGGCGAAGAUCUCGUGGAAGUACAUGAUCAUCGACGAGGGUCAUCGUAUGAAAAAUCAUCACUGCAAGCUGACGCAGGUCCUAAACACGCACUACAACGCACCGCACCGGUUGCUGCUGACGGGUACGCCGCUGCAGAACAAGCUUCCGGAGCUGUGGGCCCUGCUCAAUUUCUUGCUGCCGUCGAUCUUCAAAUCGUGCUCCACUUUCGAGCAGUGGUUCAACGCUCCGUUCGCAACGACCGGCGAAAAGGUUGAGCUGAACGAAGAGGAAACGAUCCUCAUCAUUCGCCGUCUGCACAAGGUGCUGCGGCCUUUCUUGUUGCGUCGGCUUAAGAAGGAGGUCGAGUCACAGCUGCCCGAUAAGGUCGAGUACAUUAUCAAGUGCGACAUGUCGGGACUUCAGCGGGUGCUGUACAAGCACAUGCAAAGCAAGGGUGUCCUGUUGACGGAUGGCUCGGAGAAAGGCAACAAGGGCAAGGGCGGCGCGAAGGCCCUUAUGAACACGAUCAUGCAGCUGCGCAAGUUGUGCAACCAUCCGUUCAUGUUCCAGCACAUCGAGGAGAAAUAUUGCGAUCACAUCGGUGUACAAGGCACGGUCACGGGUCCAGAUCUGUUCCGGGCGUCCGGCAAGUUCGAGUUGCUCGAUCGCAUCCUUCCGAAACUGAAAGCGACCGGUCACCGUGUGCUGUUGUUCUGUCAAAUGACGCAGUGUAUGACAAUCAUCGAGGACUAUCUAUCGUGGCGCGGAUUUGGCUACUUGCGGCUGGACGGUACGACCAAGUCGGAAGAACGCGGGGAUUUGCUGAAGAAGUUCAACUCUAAGAAUUCGGACUACUUCCUGUUUCUGCUGUCCACGCGAGCCGGUGGCCUGGGGUUGAACCUGCAGACGGCCGAUACGGUUGUCAUCUUCGACUCCGACUGGAAUCCGCAUCAGGAUCUGCAAGCGCAGGAUCGAGCCCAUCGAAUCGGGCAGCGCAAUGAGGUGCGCGUUUUGCGCCUGAUGACGGUGAACUCGGUUGAGGAGCGCAUUUUGGCAGCAGCCCGCUACAAGCUCAACAUGGACGAGAAGGUCAUCCAGGCCGGUAUGUUUGAUCAAAAGUCGACCGGCAGCGAACGACAGCAGUUCCUGCAGAGCAUCCUGCACCAGGAUGAGAUGGACGAAGAGGAAGAAAACGAAGUGCCGGACGACGAGAUGAUCAAUCUGAUGAUCUCGCGCUCGGACGAUGAACUCGAGCUGUUCAAAAAGAUGGAUGCCGAACGGCGGGCAGAAGAGGUUAAGCCGCGGUUGCUGGACGAGGGCGAGUUGCCGGAGUGGCUCUCAAAAGAGGACGAAGAGGUGGACAGGUGGGACUACGAGGAGGAAACAUCUUCGAUUCUGGGCCGUGGAUCCCGCCAGCGCAAGGAGGUGGACUACACCGACAGCCUGACCGAGAAGGAAUGGCUGAAGGCUAUCGACGAUGGGGCGGACUUCGACGAAGAGUUGGAGGAGGAGGAGCGCGAGAAGAAGCGCAAGGGGCGCAAGCGGAAGGGUGGCAGAGGGCGCGACGAUUCCGACGAUGAGAGCAUCAUUUCUUCGGUGACGAAGCGCAAGAAAGGCACGACCGAUCCGAAGAUCAAAAAGCAAAUGAAAAAGGUGCUGAAGGCGGUGAUCAAGUACACGGACGCGGACAAGCGGGUGCUGAGCAAGCCGUUCCUCAAGCUACCGUCCCGCCGCGAUCUACCCGAUUACUACGAGGUGAUCAAAAAACCGAUCGACAUCAAGAAGAUACUGAACCGCAUCGAGGAAGCAAAGUACGUCGACUUUGCGGAUCUGGAAAACGAUUUCUUCCUGCUGUGCCAGAACGCGCAAACGUACAACGAGGAAGCGUCGCUCAUCUACGAAGACAGCCUCGAGCUGCAGUCGGUAUUUACGAACGCAAAAGUGAAGAUCCUCGACAACCACGAGGAGGAGGAAUCGAAUGAAGAAGAGGAAGAAGAAUCGGACGAAGAAGGUGGCAGUGUCAAGAUGAAGCUGAAGAUUUCUAAAGGACCGAACUCGUCCGCGGCGGCUUCGGCGAAGAAAGCGACUCCGGUGCGAAGGAAGCGUUCGCAAAAGAAGUACACCAUCUCCGAUGACGACGAUGAUAUCGAUUAAGGAAGGAACGAGCAUGGGCAUGGGUCGUCGUGAUACCUCGGCAAUUCGAAUAGUAGUACCAUUGGCAAGAACGCUGUUCGUCAACAUAUGCGGUUUUAUUUAAUGUUUUUCAUAGUGUAGCCAACGUAGUAACUAGAUUUAAACCUUCAUCGUGUACACUGGUGUAGAGAGAACGUCGAAAAACAUAGUUUCGUUUUAAGGAGUGACGCCCUUUUCCAUCUUUCAAGGGCACGCAUUAGCAUGAGCAAAUUGAAUGUUUCGAACUGGACAAUGGCGGUGGACAAUACACCUCCGUCAGCCACAAUUUGACCGCUCUACGUCCAAUGGAAGAUUUUUUGCAUGUCAGUGUUUAGCAACUACCAGUACCGGUGCUACUGAUAGGAGAAAUAUUUAAACGUGAAUUUAGAGAGCUUUUCACACAGCUACGUGUUGUUGCUGACACCUCGUCGUUCUUCAACCAGGGCUUUCUGUCACAGUGUGUUUACCUUAUCGGUUCGGUAUGAUA